UCGGAUUUCUUGAAGGGAUCGAGUUACUAUAAGACGUGCUGGCCGCGAGAAAAAAAAUCGAACCACGUAUCAAACUCAGGAACGAAUUUCAAGAAAAUGUACUUCAAGGUGUUGUUUGUUGUUGGGCUUAUGCUCCCAGAAAUCUCUUCAGACAUUGUCGACUUAAACAGUAAGCUUAUCAUUUGAUAUUUUGGGAUCUGUGACAGUUAAGAAUUCACCAUUUUCUUUAUCGUUUAUUUCUUUACUCAACGCCCCUCACGUUCUCUCGAAAAAAAAACGAAAAGCCUCAUAUCUAUACCGCUUUCGAAUUCUCAAAAAAAGAGAGCAGAAGACAGUUUUGACAAUGAACACCUCCCGCUAACCGAGUUCGAAAUCAUAUUGUAAGUUACAGACCGAGUAUUUUCCCCUUCGAUUUAAGGACUAAGAGCAAGAGGGCCAGAAUUCAUAGGAACAGAAAGGAGAUACAUAACUGACAGUACGGACUUGGACGAAAUAGUCGCUAGUAUGGCCUACUUUACAGAACUCAAAUGAAAACCAAGUAGAGUGGCUUGAUUCAGUAUAGCUCGACAGUGGUUUUUAAAUGUCUAAUCUAAUUCUAUCACGCCCAAUCAAAACGACUAUCAAAACGAAAGUCCAAUCCCCGCACUUGAAAUUAGUUUGCCACGCAAAGAGCGUGCCGUUUGAAAUCAAGUCGUGUUAUACUGCAGUGCGGCACGGUAGGGCCUGGCUUUCCAAAAGUACUUGUAAGCGUCGUGUUGCUAUGGUGCUUGGCACGCUAAUAGCGCGACGUUUGAAACGACGUUUUAGAUAAUUCUUAUGUCUAUGCCGAUGAUUGUGGUAGUUUUGGAAAACGAUUUCUUCGGCUUCAAGUGGCUGACGGAAGAGUUUAAAAUUACGAUAAAAAUGAAAAGUAAGAAAAAAUAUCUGCUUCCAUUUUCCCACGCCGAAAUGAAUCAAAUGAAUAGUAUAUCCUUUAAUUUUCUUCACUGUCAGUAACGGGCUAAAUGCUUCAUUUUUGAGUGUUUGUUUUCAAGAUUUCUUCCUGAGCAGAUCUAGAGUAAUUGUUCGGAAGUUCAAUGUAAACUCCUCCUUAACAGGUUUGAAAUGUAAAGGACAGAACUCACCAGCCCAUGGUAGUCUGACCUGCCAUGAAGACACUACCACUAAGGAAGUGUCGUGCACUCUGAAAUGUGACCACGGUUAUGACGUAGAAUUCCUGGCUGCUGAGCGUUAUGUGUGUAACACUGAUGGGACUUGGAGAGCUCAGCCAUUAUCCACUGGCUCACGAUGGCCGAACUGUAAAAAGUACAGGUGA